GCAAAGAAUACUAGCUUCAAAUGUGAUGGCAUAUCUAAAGCAAUAAAUGCGGGAAAACUUAUUGAUUACAAAGACUUAAAAACAUGUUUUGAAAGCAUUCCUUUUAAUGCUGCAAAAGCUGACAAACCAAAUAAAAAUCCACCUAAUGGAUUUACUUAUCAACCUAUAAAUAUAAUAGAUGAAUUAAAAUCAUUGCGUAAAAAAAAAUUUAAAUCUGAUUAUGACUUUAAGAUAGCUUUAAGAAAUCUUAUUUUCAAAUUAAAAGAUGGUCAUACGAGAUUUGAAAGUUCAUGUUAUCAGGACUUUAGUUAUCAACAAAACUUAAGUUUAUAUUCUGUAAUUACAACUGAUAAAAAGAAAAGACAGAAACAGGUCUUCAAUGAUACAGAAGAUCCAUCAAAUAAUGAUUGCGAAGUUACUGAAAUUGAAGGAGAACCGGCAUUGCAAGUGAUAAUUGAGUUUGCAAAUAAUUCAAUUGCACAAUCAAAAGAUCUGGGUGUUCGAUUCAACAUGGCUUUGGCUCCCAGUAACGGACUAUUUGCUCCACAAUUUACUUCACGAAUUGACCUGCCUGAAAAUUCUAUUAUCACAUAUAAAUUAUUAUGUCCUCAUAAAAAACCUUUUUUAUUAAAGAGAAAAUGGAGCAUUACAUUUAGUGAUAAAGUUGAUUUUUCCGACAUUUGUCUAAAUCAAGACACUUUGCCAAAUAAUAAUGUUGCAUCAUCAAGAAAUAAAGAUGAAGUGUCAACUUCAAGUGACAAAGUUACAAAAUUAAUUUCAAGAAAAGUGUCGAAAUUAAAUAACAAUAAGCAGAAAAUUGCGCAUGCAAAAUUAAUAGAUGAUAAUUUUGAAGCCAGUUUUUAUAUACUGAAUGAUGAAAAAAAUGUUGGUGUCGCAACAAUUACUGGAGAAGAUGCAGAUGUUGUUGAAUUUUCUCUGCAAGAUGGUUUUGAAGAAUUUAAAAAACGAAAUGUAACGAAGCUUAUUUUAGAUUUUUCCAAUAAUGAUGGUGGUGAUGUUACCGUACCUCUAUUUAUAAAUUCAAUAUUGUUUUCACCAAAACAACCAAACUCGUACCCAACGAGGAUAAAUAUUAAUGGUUUUACCGUGCCAGUAAUAAAAAAGAAUUUUAAGAAGCGAAUUCCUGAUCCCUUGAAUUUGUAUGAUCCAAAUAACUAUUUAGUGUUUCCUUCAGGCGAUCGAUUUAGUUCUCCUGAUCAGUUUAUAGGCUCCCGAAAAACUCAUACUUCUAACCUAUAUCUUAACGCUCUAACAUCUGAUGAAUUGAAAAGUAUCAAAGAUACCCCUCAUUUUCCAUGGAAAAGUGACGAUAUCAUUAUCCUAACUAAUGGGUAUUGUGCAUCUGCAUGCGCAUUAGUAACACUAUUUUUUUCUGAAAUUCAUAAAGUUGAAACAAUUGCUGUUGGUGGUCUUCUUGACAACAACUUAAGUUUUUCUACUUUUCCUGGUGGUCAAUUUACAUCAAGUAACCUAAUUUUAGAUUAUGCUGGUGAUCAUGCUGCUGAUGUUUCGUUUCCAAAUUCACUUCUUCUUGCUAUAAGAAAGUCUGUUAGUUUUUUCAAAAAUAAUACUGAAAAAGAAGUAUUAGA